ACUGCACAGAGUAAUCGCCAUCUUGCGUCUCAAACAAAAACAGUGAACUGGUGGAGCAGGAUAGUCAGUAGAAAUCUGUCAGAAAUUGGAACGUUUUUACAAUUUUUAGUUACCCAGUUUAUGUUAAUUGAUUAAAAAGGAAUAAGGCCAUCGUAUUAUUAUCACCUUCAGGACUUUUGAUCGUCCAUUGAUGGCAGGGACGACCACAAGCGCUAGCGCUUUGCGAGCGCUAAGCCUGGAGUACAGGAAACUUCAGGAGGAACCAGUGGAAGGUUUCAGUGUGAAAUUGGCCGACGAGAGCAAUCUUUUUAUAUGGAACGUGGUAAUCUUUGGUCCUCCAGAUACGCUAUAUGAGGGUGGAUAUUUUAAGGCAAUGAUGGCAUUUCCUCCAGGCUACCCAUACCACCCUCCAACAUUUAAGUUCCUUACAAAAAUGUGGCAUCCCAAUAUAUACGAGACGGGGGAUGUCUGCAUAUCAAUUCUCCACCCUCCAGUAGAUGACCCACAAAGUGGCGAGUUGCCAUCCGAAAGGUGGAACCCCACACAAAGUGUCAGGACAAUCUUGCUUAGCGUAAUCUCUCUUCUGAAUGAGCCAAACACAUUUUCGCCUGCAAAUGUUGAUGCCUCAGUAAUGUACAGAAAGUGGAAGGAAACUAAAGGAAAAGACGACAAAUAUCGGAAGAUUAUCGAAAAACAGGUGAAUUCCAGUCGAGAAGAUGCGAAAAAAGAUGGCGUAAAGGUUCCAACGACUUUGCAAGAAUACUGCAUCAAACCAAAGGUUCAACCACAAUCACACAGCUCAACAGAUUUUGCCGACAUCUACUACGACGAGUACGAUCUAGAGGAUGACGAGGAAGAGGACGAAGAGGAGGAUGAUGAAGUGUACUUUGAUGAUGAGGAUGACUCCGGCAAUGGGGAAUCGUGAUAGUAUCCGUGGCAAAUUGAUGUCAAUCACUUUCCUCUUUGGCCGUACAGACAUUUUUUUUGUGCAAAUAUGAACAUAUUUAUAGACAGAGACAUGGAUUUCUCUAAACUAUCCAUAUGUGUUCAAAGUUCAAUCUACCUUAAAUCAUGUCAUCUUUUGUGUACAGUCAUAAUGGUUGACAAUUUCAUCAUCUGUGAAUCAAAGGAGAAUAAACAAACUUGAACAUCUCUUGGUGUUGUCAUUUGCAAAUGGGAAGAUGAUAUGUGUAGAUUUCGGGAAUUGUUUUUAGGUAAUUAUUUUGUUUGUAAUUUGGUUAAGAGACGAUCUUGGUUAAAAAAAAACAACUUUAUAUUGUUUUUCCCCACUUUAUGUAAUCACCUUUAUGUAGUGAAGAAUUGUGAAAUAUAUAUGAAGCUACCUGAUUUUCAUUCUAUUCAUUUUCUUGGUGUAAAAUAGAAUUUAACAUACCUUUUGUCUACUUGAUUAAGCAACGCUUUUAAGUCUGGACAUUUUCUAUAUAGUUUUCCUUACCCCUGACCACCCCUGAGCUACAGUAGAUGAGUAGAUAAACGAAUGGAAAAUGCAACCUAAGAAUGUCUUUUGUGUUAACUCUAGAAAAAGUAAUCAUAUGUGAUUACUUAUACAAGUUACAUGUUGUCUCUUAUGAAUAAAUGAAAUUAGAAAAUUCAUCUAUUGAGAACGACAUAAGAACUUUUACCUGAUGGUCCAUUUUGAUUGUGACGAUGAUGGUUAUAAACCAAUAUUUUUCCAAAAGAUUAUGAAUGACUUCUCCUGAGUUGUUCGUCAUUUUACAGUGUACUUUUCUAGCGUCCAAAAUUGUGAAGCAAAAUACUAAUGUAUAAAAUAAUGUUGAUAUUUUUAAAUCGAUUUGGGGAAGUGCUCUUUGCUAAUUUGUAUUAUGCUAUUGCUUUGAAUACUGUAAUUUGUUUUCCUUGGCCGAUUACAUUCACUUUUCUAAGACUGUAUUCAACACAUUUUUGGUUUUCCAUGUUUUGAACAGGGAGAAAUUACAAUUCAUGAUUUAUUUGUUAACAGCAUUCAUUACUAGGUUAUCAUCUAACAAACCAAUUGGUUAAGUCUGUUAUUGAAAUGGGAUUAAACUGACUUAAUCUGGUAAAUACUAAAUGAACCUAUUUGAUCAAAUAAACCUAAUUAACUUCUGGAUUUCUGUCACUGAACAGCAUGUAAUACUAAGUUAACAGUUAAUAACUAACAUGAAUAAUCUGGCUAAGAGUGAGAUAUUGAAAUUAUUGUUCACAGAAAACAUUUAAUGUAUGGCCAAGUUAUCUACUAACUAGCAUAAGAGUGUGAUAUUAAAAAACAUGUUUAUGGUUGGGAAUAGGGCCUAAUAAUAGGUUUAUGACUUACCAGGUCAACAUGGAUAUAACAAAUUCAGUCAUUUACCAGGUUAGAGUCAGUUGAUAUGAGUUCACCCAAGUUAAGAAUUUGGUUAUUAGAUUUUCUUAGCCUGUUAACUACUCAGAGAUGUUAUGGGAUGGAAUCAAUCAUUUUCUUAUUGUUUAUAAAGUGUUAGGAUAUUAAAGCAAUGACCUCGAUUGUAUAAGAUGUCUUUAUUCUUCAUUCUUGUACUUUUCUUGAUUAAAAAUAUAAGAUUGUCA